UUUUUGCCCCUUUGAAUUCAGGAGAAAAAGGAGAAAAAAAAUUUUUUGAUGAUGGAUUUAAGAAUAUUAUUUUAGGAAUUGACCACAGUCAUCAUGCAAAAAGUAAAAAAAAGGAGGUAAGAAGACGUAAAAAAGCAGUUAAGGCAUUACAAAAUCAUGUUACAGCUCAAAGAAUGAUAUCAAUUUUAAAAGCUAUGCCAGAACCUGAUUCACCUUUAGUGACUAGUAUUGGUGUGGAAAUUGAUAAAAAUGAUAGCAUCAAAAAUUUAUCUGGAUCUGAUACUACAUCUUCUGCUACCAUUCCUCUAUCAAAAGAUACAGUAUAUGUUAAAAAUAAAGAAAAUGAUGAGAAGGAAUUGAUGUCUGGAAGAACAAUCACUAAAACUAGUUCUAUUAAAGAUGGAUCAAAAAUUGUUGUAUCAUCAUCAACUUCAACAACAGAUGUUACAAUUACAACAACUAUUAAAGCCAAUUCAUUGAAAACUAAUUCAACUAAUAAAGAUAAAAUUAUCAAACCAUCAUUAAAUACUAUUUCGUGUUAUGUUUAUUGGUGGGGAUAUGAAGUUUAUGUACCACAAAAAUGUAUGGGAAGAUUAGAUCAAGCACAAAAUGUUAGUAAUUCAUUUUUAGGAUUAUUACAUAUUGUGGUAGGCAAUUCAUCUCCAAUUUCACCAUAUUUUGGUUUAAUUUCUGCAUGGGUUGGUUUACAAUUUACACUUAUUAAAUCACAAAAUGUUGGUAAUGGUGUUGUACUAGCAGCUACUUGGGUUCUGCCUAUUGCUUUAAUGCCAAGACCAUGGUAA